AUGGACGGCCUAGACGAGUUCGAAAAGACUCUAGCUGCUGAGAAAGCAGAGAGGGAACGCGCAGAGCGACACGAAGACGAAAAGCGUCAUCGCAAACACAGACAUCAUCAUCGACACGAUUCAGAACGAGACGGAGAACGCGAUAAAGAUAGACAUCGACACCGACAUCACCGAAGACACGACGACGACGACGAUGAAGGACACAGAAGUAAGAGAUCGCGACACUCACGCGACGACGACGACGACGAUGGUCACCGAUCGCGACACAAACAUGGCGAUGACCGAUAUCGCAAAACGAGGGACGCAAAAGAGGAUCUUCCCAUCCCUGACGAAGAGAAGCCUCAGAGCCGAGACACCGUUGAUAGGUCCAAGUCUGCCCAGAGAGAUGCUUGGAUGACCGCCCCUUCAUCUAUCGAAGUCGAUUAUAUCCACCGUCCAGACAAGAACAAGUCGCCGUCUCCAAAACCAGAGCCGAAGCGUGUCGUGUCCAAGCGCGAGAUCAAUAAUCACAUCCAAGACAUUAAUGAGGGAAAAUCUCUUGAUGAGCUCGACAUUCCAUCACAACCAACCGUCGACUACACCUUUGGUGACGCUGGUUCUUCCUGGCGCAUGACAAAGCUCAAAGCCGUGUACACCGCAGCCGAGGAAAGCGGCCGGUCAGUCGAAGAGGUCGCUCUCGAACGCUUUGGCGACUUGCGCCCCUUUGACGAAGCUCGCGAAGAAAAAGAAGAGAUGGAACGUCGAAGAAUCUACGGCAAAGACUAUAAAGGCCACGAGAAGCCAACCGGCGAUCUAUACCGCGAGAGGAUCAAGAGCCAGCACAAAGACUCACCACCUCCCGAACCCGAACAAGGCACUAUCGUUCCAGACGCACACCCCCAAACAACAACCAUUCCAGCAAUGGACCAAACCGCUCUCAAUCGUCUCCGCGCGCAGAUGAUGAAAGCCAAACUCCGCCGCGCCCCCAAUGCUGCUCAGCUCGAGGAGGAAUACAACAAGGCAGCAGCCAUGUUCUCUGCCGCCCAAUCGGAUCCUGAAGCUGUAGUCCUCGGCGUCAUGGACAACCGUCAACUCGCCGGCAGGAGAAACGAAGCCAAGGUCAUAACCAACAAACGUGGCCGCGAGCGAGGCAAUGUCGAGGAGAAUACAGAGAUGACGAUCGACGAUAUGGUCCGUGAAGAACGCCGUACAAAGGGCCAAGCAGGCGGCGAAGGUCUCCGUCUGGCGGAGCGCAUCGCGAAAGAUGGCAAAUUCGAUAAUGGGCUGGAUUACAUGGACGAGAAUGCCGAGAAACUCGCAAAGCGCAUCCAUAAGUCCGACAUCAACCUUAAAAAUAUGGCCGUCUCCGAAUUCCAGAAGAUGUCCCGCGCGCUGGACAAUUGUCCACUGUGCCACCACGAAGACAAGAACCAGCCACCUCUUGCACCCGUUAUCGCCCUCGGCACGCGCGCGUUCCUCACGAUCGCUACAGAACCUGAGAUUUCGUCUGGAGGUGCAGUCAUUGCACCUCUUGCGCAUCGGUCGAACUUGUUAGAAUGUGACGACGACGAGUGGGAAGAGAUUCGCAACUUCAUGAAGAGCUUGACGCGCAUGUACCAUGAGCAAGGUCGUGAAGUCGUCUUCUACGAAAACGCCGCGCAGCCUCAUCGUCGCAUGCACGCCGCCAUGGUCGCCGUUCCCAUCCCUUAUGAAGAAGGUGCCAUGGCUCCCGCGUACUUCAAGGAAGCUUUCCUCUCAGCUGAUGAGGAAUGGAGUCAGCAUCGCAAGAUCAUUGAUACAGGUGCCAAAGCGCGCGACGGCAUGGGACGCUCAGCGUUUAGACGCAGCAUUGCCAAGGAGAUGCCCUAUUUCCACGUCUGGUUCACGUUGGAUGGAGGCUUGGGGCACAUCGUUGAAGAUGCGGGGCGAUGGCCCAAGGGUGACCUUUUUGCGCGAGAAGUUCUAGGUGGUAUUGUCGAUACAGAGCCGCAUAUUAUCAAGAAGCAAGGGAAGUGGAUGAGAGGCGAUCCAAGAGUAGAGGGCUUCAAGAAGGGGUGGAGGAAGUUUGACUGGACGAGGAUGUUGGCUGAGGGAUAG